GACAUUUCAGAAAAUUCAGAAGCAUUAAAGCAAUUUCAAGGAGUUUUUAACUAGUUAUGAGACAAGUCUCAAUUUAAUACUGAUGCCCCUGACCUACAUUAGCGAACCAGACCAUCAGCAGAAGAUUGGCUAUUUCUAUUAUUCUUAAUGCCUGUCACCGGGUCCGAUUCCCGCGAAAUCAGACGAAACGAUUUACGGCACUUAGACCAGAAGAGCCCAUGUUUACAUUUUCCCAGGCAAAGGUUAGCAAUGAGUAGUAUGUUAGCCAGUUAAAAGGAAGCGGGGGAGAUUUUUCUUCAGACAAUGUUAUCUUUUACGUUAUAUUGUGUGGCUAUGGCUGAUGCUGGGGCAAGAUCAGUAAAAAGAAAAAGAAAAUAAUUGACCGAAGAACAAUAAAAGUUAAAAGGGACAGUGAUGGAGCACCGAAAACACAAGUCAACCUUCAAAACAGAUCCUGAAUUAGCCCUCUUCCUCCCAGACAGGUGAUAACCUUUAAAAACUCCAACAUGCAGAGAAUCAUCCAGGUGGUGCAGAGGGUGGCGCAGAAGAGCUGCAGAAGAGCCUUCCAGAUGUUCUGCUGCCCCUUAGACACUCUGCUGUGUGAAAAGGUCACAUGCUGCCCAGCUCAAAAUCUUCAACCUCCAGAGAAUGAAACUACACAAGUGGCAAUCCGGAGUCUGCCGUCUACCAUUUUGAUUGUGAACAUCAGCAACUCCACCUUGAUCGACUGCGUCAUCGGGAACGACACCUACCCAUCUGCGGUGGCAGAAAGUCAGCCUCUAAUGCACGGAUCUGAGCUCCAAAUGCACAAUCAGGCAGGAUGCAGCUGCAGCCGUGGACAGCAGGGGGCAGCACACACCUCUCCUCCUCCUCCUCCUCCUCAUCCUCUCUGUCCUCCCCUUCCAUCAGCAGAGCUGCCGAGCAUCACCAUCCACAGCUCCCAUCUCAACUGUGUCAUCAUCGGAGACAACAACUACAUGCACGCUGAGCAGACCCACUCGACUGAAACAGAAGAACUGCAAGUGUGAGGCUUUGGCCACACAGAGCUGACAUACACACUACGAGCUCUAGCUAGUCUUCAGACCACUUUUUUCACCUUUUGGAUUUGUCUCAGUCUUUGCUCAGCUUUCACUCAGACUUGUUAAGGGUUUGGCCACCAUUGGCUAUAGACCCAAUGUCUGUCUCUUCUACUUUAGUAUUUUUUAGGGCUACAUCUAACAAAUAUUUUAAUUAUCGAUAAAUCUGUCGAUAAUUUUCUAGGUGACUAAUUCAUCGUGUGGUCUAUAAAAUGUCAGAAGAGUAAAAACAAUGUCCAUCACAAUUUCCCAGAGCCCAAAUUAACGUAAACAAAAGAUAUUCAGUUUAAUAUCAUAGAUGACUAAAAAACACCAAAUAUACACAUUUAAGAAGCAAAAAUGAUCUUAAAUGACUAAUCAAUUACUACUGAUUCAUUUACUGUUUUUGUUUCAGCUCUGUUUUUUUUUUUGUUUUUUUACAUUUUGACUGACAUCAUCACUAUUGUGGUGUAAUAGGAAUUUUUUUUUUGCUCUGGUCUUGGCUUUGACGUGACUUGAAACUGCUCUUAGCCCUGACAUUUGCGAGUACUGAUUUAAAAACAUGACCAUAGUUCAUCACAGCUAAAAGUGUUGUAAGAGCUUCAGCACACACAAACAAACAUCAGCUCCCCAAACUUUAUUCUAAAUAACUGUAUUGAGGGCUUUCCUGUUUUGCAAUGACGGAGCUUCUGCUCUGACGUCAGAUGUGAGGGCAUAAAGUUGGGAGUAAUUGUAAAUUUUUACUGCUUUUCCACAUGGAUGUGACUUUCUAAUGACUCAUCUCUCUAUGAUCAUCUGAUCUUUCUUUAAUUGACGCCCAGUGGUCUGAUACGGUGACUGACAUACUUUGUUAGGAAAGAUAACUUGCUGUAGGAUUCAUUUUAUCAGCUUAUGAAAUAUAUAUAGUGUGAUUGGAUAGUGUGUCUGUAACUGAAAUCCUUAUCAUGUCAUGAUAAAGGCGAUGACUUAUGUCCAAAUGUAUGGCCUAUGGUCAUUAACAGUAGACUACUUAGUAGUGUUCAUUACUGGAAGUCAUUUUGAUUUCUUGCAUUUUUAUGUUUGGUGUUUUUUUAAACUUAUAAAAUGGUCAGCUCAUACUGUACAUAAAAUAUGGAAUAAGAGGAUUUUGAAUCAAGGUGCUACUAUUGUUUGCUGAUAUGUUAAUAUAUGAUAUGAUGCUAAUAUGCUCCAUGUUACCUUCACACAGUGUACCACUUUUAUUAUUAUUCUUUUAUUUUGUUGUGGGUAUAUGUUUGAAAUGACAACAUGUUUUUACAAUUUUAAAUAAAGAACAAAGAAGAUACACUGACA